ACGCACCACCAGAACCCGUUGACUAUUUAACCCACAAUUAUUUUUCCAUCCGCAACUAUUCUGCCCGCCAAAAUCCAUGGCACCAAUCUUUGACCAGACCUCGCGUACAUCCUCGAAACGUGCUGCCAAACUCGUCAGCCGCGACAAUGAAGACGGUGGUAUGAAUGGGUCAACAAAGAUCGGGAUUGCCAUCGGUCUGAUCUGUUUCUUCACACUGCUGAUCAGCUUUUGGUACAUCGCCAACCGUCGAAGGAGUGUACGUCAACCUACAGCCGACGACACAUUUAACCAAGAGACAUUGAGUCGUUGGGUUGACACCGCCGCGCGCCCUACGCGCUCAUCGACGAGCCGCCUCAAUUACGCGCACGAGCGUCGCGCGUCGAACAGCACAUUCGCGACAAUGACGACAUAUCCCACCGUGAAAGACGAGUACGAGCUCACGCGCCCACCUCAAGCACAUACUGCCGCGCACUUAUAACGCAAUCCUCACGCGUCGUACCACAUCUUCGUAGAUGCACCACACUGCACGCUGCUAUUCAUCAUGUUUUCGCAAUUUCAUGCUCUUUCUCGUUCGGACGGAAAUGCCAGUCUUUAGGGCCCGUCUUGUUUCGUGUUUUCUGCCUCAUGUCGCCUCACGUAAUGUCUGUAAUGAGUAUCUCACACCCGC